GAUACAUGAGGGUAAAGGGUUCAGGGCGUGUAACACCAUGAGAGUAGCGGUAAUAAACGCUUCAGACGGUGCAGGCUGGUCGCGGGGUGUUCGCUAGAGGUGGCUUCGCGGCCCGACUGUCAACAUAACCUGGCAGAUCAAAGAUGAACUAUUCUGACUACGAUUCGGACGGUUAUUCGUCAAAUGCUGAUGCUGACUACGUCCCUUCGGCUGACAACCUCAGCGAAGAUGACAUGAACGAAUGUGUCAAAGAGGACCCACUGGACGAAAUAGACGGUGUGCCACAGACCAGUGAUGGUUCCAAGAAGAAGACAAAGACGAAGACGAAGAGGAAGGACGACAUUCUUGGCAUGCGCAAGAGGAAAAAGGGAAUACUGAAAGUGGAUGGAGAUAAAGAGGAAGGGAAUAACGAUGAAGGAACGGUCACAAACGAGAAGGACGAGGAGCCGUGGGUCGUGGUGGCGCCGGAAGAGGUGAAACAGAAGAAGAAGGCAGAUGAUCUUUGGGCCAGUUUCCUGAGUGACGUCGGUACCAGACCCAAACCGUCAGCUUCUCCUGAAGAAGCCAGCAGCACAGAGCAGGCCGAGGCUUCGUCGCCGAGGAAACCGACGGUAUCCCUGGAAACCAAAGCCCCAGAGCCCACUAAGCCUGCAGAGUCGUCCACGGUUACCAUCACCAAGGUGUUUGACUUUGCUGGAGAGGAAGUUCGGGUAACCAAGGAGGUGGCUGCUGACUCACGCGAGGCCAAGGACUACCUGAAGACCCAGAGCAGCCCACUGGAUCCACCGCCGCAACAACAGCCCAAGCAGAGCUCCGCACCCGUCAGACUGCCUGGACUACCUGGACCGAGCGUGAAGCGGGCGGUCGGCAUGUCCGGCAUCCUGGGCCAGAUCGGGGGCAAGAAGCAGAAGAUGAGCACCCUGGAGAAGUCCAAGAUGGACUGGGACACGUUCAAGUCUGAGGAGGGCAUCACGGAGGAACUGGCCAUCCACAACCGCGGCAAGGAAGGGUACGUGGAGCGGAAGAACUUCCUGGAGCGCGUCGACCAUCGACAGUUUGAACGCGAGAAAGAAGUUCGGCUCACCAACAUGAAACGAUGACUGAGAGCCUGACUGUUCACACUCACACACACAUGCAAGUACGCAUGCACAAACACACACAUGCAAGCACACACACACACACACACAAUGGAUUGACAUGUACACACGCACACAUGCACAAACACAGAAACACACAGAUACACACUAAAUGACACACAAUAACACACACACUUACCCUUCACCAAGGGAACAGAGUAAACCAGAUGUUUUGAUGUCACGGUAUCUCGUUCUCAUUCCAUCUCUGCUCUACUGUUGAAACUGUGUGUGUGUGUGUGUGUGUGUGUGUGUGUGUGUGUGUGUGUGUGUGUGUGUGUGUGUGUGUGUGUGUGUGUGUGUGUGUGUGUGUGUGUGUGUGUGUGUGUGUGUGUGUGUGUGUGUGUGUGUGUGUGUGUGGUGCGUUUGCGUUUGCGUGUGCGCGUUGAAAUGGCAGCCCUGGGCUCGCAAUGGUCAUAAAGACAGAUUGCGAGAUAGAUUCGCCCCUCUUUAUUAUGGAUAUAAAGAGGAUGUUUUUUUCCCCCUGUUAUGUUUUCUGUUGUCAUUCCCAGAGCCUUAUUCAUAUCAAUGCGCUCUGGCUUCAGAUGUUCAAUAAACACAAGGUUGCUUUUAA